GAGAGACAGAGUGACUGAAGUGGCUCAGAGAGACAGACUGACUCUGAAGUGGCUCAGAGAGACAGAUUGACUGACUGACUGAAGUGGCUCAGAGAGACAGAGUGACUGAAGUGGCUCAGAGAGACAGAGUGACUGAAGUGGCUCAGAGAGACAGAGUGACUGAAGUGGCUCAGAGAGACAGACUGACUGAGUGAAGUGACUCAGAGAGACAGACUGACUGAGUGAAGUGACUCAGAGAGACAGAUUGACUGAAGUGGCUCAGAGAGACAGACUGACGGACUAUGCUUCUCCUCCAGUAAUAAUCCAGGAGUCUUCUCUUCACUGACACGAGGAAGCCCUCUCUCAACCCCUGACUGAAGGACUGACCGCAGGGUUUUGAUCAGAGCAGUGGCGGACACCGACGGCACGUAGCAAGUCUGUCCACAGGAGUUCUGUUCGGGUCUAUUAGAUCUGAGACGUUAGAAUCCUCUUGACAUCUGACUUGUCAGCGCAGGGAACGGCACUGUUUAAAAAAAACGACUUGGCUACAGGUUCUCUAGAUCUCACACUCUGUACGACUUCUUCGUUGUCUUCUCGUGACUCUUGACUGUUUGUCUGUUGCGCUCAGUGGAAGCUCUGUGCCUCAUGGCUUGCUACUACAUUGUCAUCAGCUCUACUCACCUCAGCAACGGCCACUUCAGGAACAUCAAGGGAGUUUUCCGCGGACCCCUCAGCAAGAAUGGCAACAAGAACUUGGACUACGCGGAGAAGGAGAGGACGACGACCAUGGCCAAGGCCUUGGAGGACCCGAAGGCCAACUUCUACUGUGACCUGUGUGACAAGCAGUACUACAAGCAUCAGGAGUUUGACAACCACAUUAACUCUUACGACCAUGCUCACAAACAGCGGCUAAAGGAGCUGAAGCAGAGAGAGUUUGCCCGGAAUGUGGCCUCUAAAACCAGGAAGGAUGAGAGGAAACAGGAGAGAGCACUCCAGAGGUUACAUGAGCUGGCCGAACAACGCAGAGAGGUCCAAUGCGCUCCGGGCAGUGGCCCCAAGUUCAAGUCUACUACUGUAGCAGUGGACGCCAGCUGCAGAGAGAGCCGUACUGAUGGACUGUCAGGAGAGAGCCACAACUCCACCGUGCUGGAGACCGGCACCCACAACCACACCACAGGCACCAGCACUGGCCUGGCCUCCAACAGCAAGACCCAGCAGACAUCGUACUGGCCCUACAACGGCAAGGCCAUGAAACAAACUUACAAAAGGCACAAAAUCGCCUUCUCGUUCUCAUUCCCAAAGAAAGCAUUGGUGAAGCUGGAUUCUGCAGCGGCUGUGUUCUGUGAGAACACGGAGGAGGGUUCCAAAGAACGUACCGGAACACGGAAGCUCAGAAUUCCCCUCGUUGAGCUGAACGUCCCUGUUUCAACCACUGCAGAGGAGAAAGGACGGGGUUUUGCGGGUGUGGAGAUUAACGGCACUAAGCCUGGUGAUCUUAGCCCUGACGGUGUUAGUGAGGGGAGCCAGAAGUCAUCAGAUACACUGUCCAGGUCUGACAUCCCCAUGCCUCCACAGGCAUCACAUCUGUAUUCUGUGCUGGUUAACUCGGAGGAUAUCGCCAGACAUUAUGUGUCCUCUGUCUCCCAAUUACCUGCAUCCCUUUGUCACAUUCCCCUAGAUGACCCAGACACAGUAUUAGAUACACAGAACUCUGAGGAAACUCAGAGAAACGGCUCAACAGAGGCUGAACCGGAAACAAGCAAACAGCAACAAGUUCAUAAAGUAGAAAGGAGUGUCUCAGGGGAAGAAAACCUCUCCAUUAGCAGUUCUGAUGGUCCCCCUGAGAACGUCUCCUCCUCCUCCUCUCAGUCCUCUGAGCGUCCUGGGACUGCGAGAGAGAAAGGAGAAGACAGUACGGUGGUGGUGAAGACCCUGUCGGGUCCUUUCACCAAGCCCAGUCAGCCGUUCUUCUCUGUGCUCAGCAAAGAUGGAUACACUGUUCUCCAAUGGCCUUCAGAGAUGCUGACCUUCACCAGGACAGAGCCCCGUCUCUCCUACAGCUGCAAUCCACUCCAUUUUGACUUUAAGGCCUCGCAGCAGAGCAGGGCGAAUGUUCGUACUGGUGACAGUCAGAGUAAGACGGAGCCGAGGAUAUCCGAGGCGUUGUGUAUCGGCUCAACCUCUGUCUGUUCUGAGGAACUAAUAGACAACAAAAGGCACAACAAAGAGGCCUAUCAUAUCCCUAUCAGAGAUGACAGAGAGACAGUGGAGAGGAAGGAUUGUCUAAUAUGUGAUCACCACAUGAGUGACAUAGACACAGAGAGCUGCAGCUUGCAACUGAAGAGACACGGCAGAGUCUACAGCAGUGGUAAAUCUAGUAGUCAGUCAAAAGAUCAGACUGGCAAGAGAGCAGCAGGCAUCAAGAAAUGGAAAUCCAGAGACCGGCGCCAUUACAGGAGCCACAAGAAGAAGAAGAGAAGGAGAAGGAGAAGGAGGAGAGGAGGAUAUGAGGAAGAGAGGCACAGAGAGACUGAGACGGAUGGAGGUGUGGAGAGCGAUGCAGAGAAAUGCAACAAAUUCCAGAGGCAGUCAGAGUGUCGGGAAGGACUUGAUAGCCAAUUUAGAGGCACCACUUCACAGCCAUUAGAGAAGUCAAAGCAAUCAGCUCAAAAUCAGGCUGACAGCGGCCACACUGCUCCCUCUGCCACAGAGGACAGGGAGAGAGAGAGGGUGAAAAGAGAGGAGAGGGAGGAGAGGGAGAAAGAGAGAAGCAGACAGGAAACAGCAGGCAGUGUAAACGGAUCAGCGGGCAGCCUCAGUCUCUGUGAUGAGGGCGCCACGGAUUCUGAAAAGGUGUUCGGGAGCGACGGCAGGAGAGACCCAGUCGAUCCAUCGACUGAACAGAGAAACGCUGCAGGACACGGCUCACAGAGCCACGACAAACCCUGCACAGAGAACCCUGCUGGGGCUGUUAGACAAAACCGAACCAUGGCGAUGACACAUCUGCCACCACAAAGCCCAGGGACCAUUACCCAAAAACCAAGCAUGACUAAAUCCCUUUCACCAGAGAGCUGUGGUAAAGACUGUUGUAUCGGUCAAUCGUUGAGAAGGAAGCGGACAGCAUCAUCUUUGCUUGAUGCUGUUGAGCAAGGCCCUGACCAUCAGGUCCCAUGCACCAAGUGUCAGUCACCUGUAAUGCUAGAGCCCAAUGGGCCAGAUGGUUCAAUGGUUGAGGGGGGGUCCUCUUGGUCUGUCUGUGUUUCCUGUGGUGGGGCGGGGAGACAGAGGAAGAGACAGAGAGGGGACAGUUAUGCUCCUCACAUCUCAGACCCUCCUGUAGGUCACAAUGUUCACAUCUCAGACCUUCCUGUAGGUCACAAUGUUCACAUCUCAGACCUUCCUGUAGGUCACAAUGUUCACAUCUCAGACCUUCCUGUAGGUCACAAUGUUCACAUCUCAGACCUUCCUGUAGGUCACAAUGUUCACAUCUCAGACCUUCCUGUAGGUCACAAUGUUCACAUCUCAGACCUUCCUGUAGGUCAUAAUGUUCACAUCUCAGACCUUCCUGUAGGUCACAAUGUUCACAUCUCAGACCUUCCUGUAGGUCACAAUGUUCACAUGGCAGAACCUCCUGUGGAUGUAAAGUCUGAUGACAGAUGUAAGAUGAACAUCCAGAAUCUAAUGAAUACAGAUGUAGAAUACUCUGUUAUUAAAGGUCCACUGGCCAGCUGUAGUGCCCUGAGUCAGCCAGCUAUAGAGCACAGCAGUAAGCCAAUGGGAGGCUCUCCUCGGCUCCAGAUUCAGAACAGUGUUCCCAGCAUCAAAGAAGACAGUUCUUCCUCUCUACCUGGGCCUGUACAAGAUCCCCCAAAUCACCCAGAAAUAAUCAGUAUUACUAAUGAAAAUAAAAACAUCACUAUUUGUCUCCAAAACUCUCCCAAUGUUUCUCUCCCGAUCAUGGUACAUAAUCUAGAAAUGGGCAACAAUGGAGAAGAUUGUAUAACAAGACAAACAGUGACAGUAGCAGCUCACGUCAGUCCACUGGGUGCGAGAGAGAUCACCCCUUCAAUCAUUACUCCACAGAGGUUUCAGAUACAGAAUACGGGCCCGGACAAGUCCUGUCAGCAUAGUUUCCAGAGCUACCCCAACCGCCAGAGGUGCCACAGCCCCCAGCCUCCCCAGGGUCAUACCCAGCACCAGAGGUGUUAUCCUGGGAUUAGGGUUAAUGACGAGACGGGGAUCAGGGAGGGCCUGAGGCCAGGAGGCCUUAACAUUACAGGCAGCCUGUGUAGUCCCUAUCAUAGACCAGCUAGCCCCUACCACAAUCACAGACCUCCGAGUUUCCAUCCGCAGCACCCGUCUGACGGCAUGGAGAAACACCACUGUGUCAUUCAAAUCCAGACCCAUAGACACAUCCUCCAUCACCAUCGGCAACACCAGGUGUUCCCAGGGAAGAUGAAGCCUGUCCUGCCUGGGUCUCCUGUCCCCAUGUCUCCCUCCUGUCCUCCCAUGCUCCACCCCGUCCACCUGUCUCCCGUGCCUAACGGGUCCAUCACCAUCCAACACACCAUUCUCCACCACCAGCACCACCAUGCCUACCACCAUGCAGCCUUCCUGCCCCCUCAUCCCCAGCCCCCUCUCUUCCCCCAGGUCCUGCCAGUCCCAGUCAGCCGCCGGCCUAUGGGAGCGGAUAUGUGUCCCCCUGGACCUUCUCCCUUUCUUACCUCAACACCGCAUCUCUCUGUUGUGGCCCCGCCCAGUUUACACCACCACCCGAUGGCAGUGACGUUCCACGCCAUGCCCCGCCCAACCAUGUUCCCUCCCUCGAUGCUUCAGUCACACCCACAUCCCACCGUCAUCCCACUGCAGCCCAUGUUUUAAGACAUCACAUCCCCAGUGCAGCCCAUGUUUUAAGACAUCACAUCCCCAGUGCAGCCCAUGUUUUAAGACAUUGUAUCCCCACUUGCAGCCCAUGUUUUAAGACAUUGUAUCCCCACUUGCAGCCCAUGUUUUAAGACAUUGUAUCGCCACUUGCAGCCCAUGUUUUAAGACAUUGUAUCCCCACUUGCAGCCCAUGUUUUAAGACAUUGUAUCCCCACUGCAGACUAUUUCAAUCAUGUUUCCUUUUGUUGCUUCCAACAAAACAUGUAAUUUACUUCCAGCUCAUACUUUUUUCCCAUGUAGUUACGUCAUUAUCUUCCUGUAACAUCCAACCCUGUUUUAUCAGUGGAAAGGCUUCUGUAGUAUUCAGAGUGAUAAGUGCUUUUCAUGAAUACUGUACUAGACAGAAAUAUUUCCUUUAGAGAGACAAUCAAGCAUAACUAAAGAAUUAAGACGUGUGUGUGUGCACAUUUAAAAAUAAACAGUCUGAUGUAGAAACUGUCCCAGGCAGAUUCAUUAUUAAAGUCUGUGGUAUUCUAUAGUCUGUUGUUUUUAUUUUUUUUGCCAGUCAAGUGCUUCAAUAGUCUACCUUUGGGCAUUUUAAUGCAAUUCUAGUUCAAUUAAACAUGAACACACACACACACAAUAAAGUGUUGUAUCUGGUGUAAUAGCACGUGUCGAUGACGUUCACUCUACAUUCAUUUGCUUUCCUAAAUGAUGACAAAUCAUUCCUGUAACAUUUACCCCUGAGUUGAUCCAGAUCCUACAGUAUAAAGUUAUUUUUUUUGUUUUUAAAUGUCCUAAAAUGUGUUUUUUUUUGUUGCAUCUGACUCUAAAAUUAAUUUAGACCACUCUAUUUUUAUUAAUUUAUUUUAUUUUAUUUUAUUUAUUUAUUCAUUCUAUUUUACAGCCAUCCCUCCUUAGUUCCUGAACAAGAAACACAACUAAUACGGUCGGUUCUGAUGACUUCGAUGUUACACGUCUUCAUAUUUGACAUAAAUGUUGACCCCUUUCUGAUUCAGAAGUAGGAUAGCAAAGACAAAAAAUGGGUUCAAAUGUCUAAUCAACUAGUUUUCUUUUGUAUAAAACAUGACCUAAGUGUCUUUAUAAUCACAAUU